GUACCGUUGCCAAACAAUGCGCAGCAAAAAGCCACGUUGACGAAGUGAAGUCUACAUUACCUUUUUGCUGAGAAAAAAGCAGGAGAAAUUUACCUAAAAUAUAUCUUCUUGACUUGUCAUCCUUACUAGUUAGAGCAGAGAUGUCAUCACCACCAAAAGAGAAAAUCGAAACCAAAGCUGGACAUCUCCCUGCUGUGAAAGUGGGUGGAAUGAGGGUAGUCCAGAAACACCAGGCAGCCGGUGAACCAGCUCCAAUAGAGAAGAAAGAGGAGAACGACGACGAUGAAGAAUAUGUCAGCACCAGUCCACCAAAGCCAACGGUUGUCAUCUCAGGAGUAGUUGCCAAGGGUGAUAAGGACUUCACCCCGGCAGCGGCGCAGGUGGCACACCAGAAGCCCACACCAGCGGUGCAGAAGAUGCCCUCAUCCCACCAUAUCAACCAGCCUAUCCACCAGCCCCGCAAGUGAACCCUCACACCUACCCCUACCACAGGCACACCGCACGGGAUGGGACCACACCAAAGCCCAAACAAACCAACCAACAACGCACCCCCCCCCCCCCCCCCCCCCCCACUCCAGCCGACCUGACCCACCAACCCAACUGAACAACCAACCACCCUCCUCCCUGCAAGUGCUCAGGUUACCCAGGGAGCCCUGCGCUAUGCCAAGCAUUCCUUAUGAUCACGCUCGUGCCCUAGCCCCCGCCCACACACUAGCCUUUGACCAAUCACCAUAGCCAGAACUGGUACAAUCUAUACUCUCUCCCUGCAGAUGAUGAUGAUGAUAAGAACACUAAAAAGGUUCAGGGCAUAAUAUCAGAGUAAUCUUACUUAGAUUGAAAAUAUUCUUGUAAUGUUAAGGGGAUGUAUUUAAUGAGAAUUUAAUUGAGAUUUUUUUUUUUUAUUAUUAUUUUUUUUUUUUCCUUGUUUGACACAAAUUAUUUUCUGGAGUUGUGUAAAUUGUAUAAAUCCAAAGUGAUGUCAUGUGAAAAGAUUGUGCUGUUAAGAGUUAGGCUUUGCUCUAGGUGUGGCUGUUGGAAUAAAAAGAUAACAUGAACAAAAUAAAAAAAAAUGCCAAUGUUGUGGACCUGUGUACCUUAACGAUAAGAGUGCGGUGCUUACAGCGCUUUUGUGUGCUUGGUUCACACUGAGACUGAAUGCAGAUGAUUGCUAUUCCUUCAUUAAACUGUAUUGGAUAAAUACAUCUGCUAUUUCACGCCA